AUGUCCCAGGAGGGGGCCACAGAGGGCUCCAGCACAGAGGACCCUGUUCUCAGUCUCCGAGGCUGCUCUGGGAUUUUCCAGGAGUAUGUGGAAGGAGUCAGCUCCAUGCCAGUUCUGGCACCGGACGGUCCAGAGGCGAGCUCUGGGGCCCGAGUGUGGGCUGGCAGCAGGAAGAGGGUCCUCAUGGAAGAGGCCCAUCCAGGUAUUAGCUCCCAGGCUGGGGUCUCUGCUGGGGCCAGCCUGGAGGCCGAGGGCUCUGACACCAGGGCCUGUGUGGUGGUUCUGGAGCUGCCAGCUGUUGGAUAGAGCCAGGAUGCGACUUCUGUUCAGGCUCUGCCCACAGUGCCAGCUCCGGGGAGGGCGGCCUCCAGCAGGCACCAGCUUUCACUGCCUGACGUCUUAACUGAAGUUAGCCCAGAAUCUUGGUAGCAUGUCAGUGAGAGCUCUGGUUGGCAGAGAGAGCCAGCAGGGGUAGAGGAGGCAAGCUCCAGGCUCAGAGAGGCCAGAGAAGGUCGGAUGAGUUCUCCAGAGUGUGAUGGAAGAGUGGCAAGUGCCUCAGCUGAGAAGUUUGAAUAUUUGCCCGCUGCAGGGGAUGGGGCUCAGCUGGACAGCCCGUGUGGUCCUGGUGGUCUCCUGCUGCCUGGUGGAGUGAAGGCCCUCAGGCCAGCCGCAGAGGAUCCUCCACAGAGCCCUGCACUGUGCCUAAGAGUGUCUGAAGAGGCUUCUACAGAGCGACAGGAAGCUGAGCACCUUGUGGGGACUGUCAGUGACGAUGGCCCUACCCCUUCACACAGCCAGGAGGAGCUGGAGGUCAAGGUCCAGCCAGGGUCCUGGGGAAGGCGGGAGCAAGUACUCCCUGCCUCUGCUGACACCCACGCCAGCUCUCUGGAACCCUUGCCCAACCUCAGUGCCUCCCUGGAGCCUGCAGCCAGCAAGGCCCGUGCAGGCCCAGUCAGGGGAUUGAGAAGAUCUAAGUGUGCUGUAUUGAGGAGGGAUACAGACAAAAGUUCAGGCAAUUCCAGUCAGGACCAGUCAGAGGAACCCACCCCAGGAGGCUGCCCCAAACUGGAGGAAGUGGAAAUGCCCCAUGGGGUGAAGCAUGUGUGUUAUUUUGGUUCUGGGACAGUAAUCCAGCUCCUGGGGGCCGUCAGCGACAGCCAGGCUGGGGGGCUGCAGCCUCCAAAGUUGGAGGCCCUAGAGGACUUGAUGGAGAUCAGCUCAGCCUCACCUACCCAGAGGCCCAGAAGGAAGGCAAGGCCCGUGGCUCAGAGCCACACUGGGUACCAGGAGGAGGCUUCUGUUCAGGAGGCCAGUGCCGAGUGUCCAGGGGCCUUGCUUCUGCGCUGUGGAGGGAUGGAGGUUGAAGAGGAGGAGCCUGGUGAAGCAGAGAUGGGGGAAGACUCAGCUCAGCCUCAGCCCCAACAGGAGAAGCUGUCCCUGGAUAUCAGGGUACGGGGCAUUGUGGUCCGUGCCAUGCAGGAGGUGUUGUGGAGUCGCCUUCAGGAGCUCCCACACCCGGCAGUGAGUGAGGAGGCAGUAGAGAGUAUCGCUGCUGCCAUUGAGGCGGCCCUCUUUGACCUGACACAAGACACCAGCUGUCGCUACAAGGCCAAGUACCGCAGCCUGGUGUUCAACCUACGCAACCCCAGGAACCCGGACCUGUUCCUCAAAGUGGUUCGCGGAGAUGUCACCCCCCACGGCCUGGUGCGGAUGAGCUCAAUCCAGCUGGCCCCCCAAGAGCUGGCCCGCUGGCGGGACCAGGAGGAGAAAAGGGGCCUGGAGAUCAUUGAGCGGCAGCAGCAGCAGGAGCUAUGCAGCCUCCCAGCCACCAAACUGACCCACAAGGGUGAGGUGGAGAUCCCGCGGGACGACCAGACGCUGACCCUGGAGGAUCUGGUGGGACCCAUGGUGCCGGUAGACUGCAGCCCACUGGCCCUGCCUGCCACGUCGGGGGACACCACAGAGCAGCACGAGCACCACUUCCUAGACCCUAACUGUCGAAUCUGCAGGGGGUGUGAGCCCUCGUGUGAGCUGCCAGACUACUUUGAAGCCACCAGGAGGAGAGGGGACAAUAUCUUCCAGAGAGUCCCAAGCCCAGCCCCUGUGUCCUCUCCAGAGAUGCCCCAAAACAGGGAGAAGUCUCGCACAGAUACCCAGGACAGGGUCCCUCCCUCUAGGACCCAGACACCUGCUGGGCCCACAAAGGCACCAGCCAGCCAGCCGCCCUGGGAGGGGGCUCUAGACAUGUUCUCAAUCAAGCAGUUCCGGGCCAAGGCCCAGCUGGUCUCGGGGCACAGCUGUCGGCUUGUUCAGGCCCUGCCGGAGGUGAUCCGCUCAGCGGGCUGCAUUGCCCCCAACACUGUCUGGGACCUGCUGGCCAGCAUCUGCCCGGCAGAGGCCAAGGACGUCAGCGUGGUCAGACUGUGCCCACAUGGGGCUCGGGACACCCAGAACUGCCGCCUGCUCUACUCCUACCUCAACAAUAAGCAGCGCCAUUGCCUGGCAGCUGUGGACCACAUGGGGGUGGUCCUGCUGCCCCUGCCCGCCUUCCAGCCCUUGCCCACCAGGUUGCGCCCUCUUGGAGGCCCAGGCCUGGAAGCCACUCAUUCAAGCCUGCUGCUGGCUGUGCUGCUCCCCAAGGCAGGGUUGCCAGACACAGCAGGCUCCAGCCCCUUGAGGAGGAAGGUUCACAAGACGGUCUCCUUCAAAAAGAAGGUGGAGACAAGAUGCUACCAGCCAGAGGAUAGGAGGCAGGAUGUGGCCCUGAAAGGCUCUCCUCCCCCCGGGGGUGCCCUGCAGCAGAGCCAGGAUAAUGGCAGCCUGGCUCCAAGAGGGAUUUGUGCUUGGCCAAGGCCCUCCAGAGGCAGGGGGAGACUAUGGGGAGAGCCUGAGGCCUCGCAGGGUCCUGGGCGAUGGCAGUGGCCUCCAGAGCCAGGCGGGUGCCACUCCUGGAACCCUUCUUCAGCAGCACCAACUGGCCACUGCUUCAGCCGUGGCCAGCACCUCCACAGGGCCUCCUGUCCCCACCAAGCCCUGCUCCAGCACCUCGAAUCCCUGGUGACCAUGAGCCACCAGCUCCAAGCCUCACUGUGGCCCCCAGGCCAGGAGCUCCUGCCUCCACCCUCUGCAGCAUCUGCCCAGCACCCUGCAGCCUCUGGGAUUCCUGGCCUCCUCUGCCAGCCCCCAGCAGCUCCAGAACCCCCUGGCCCAGCCCCUGACUCCUCCUUGGCACCCACAGAUGGGGCUGGCCCUGAGUGCCCUCUUCCCAGAGAAGUCUGA